ACGUUCACUUUGGCAUGUGUUAAAACUGAUUCAGAAAAAAAGUCAAGCCUUUUUCUGUUGAAUUACAAGUGGAGGACAGACCUGUAGUUUUUGAAAUUGAUACAGGAUGCAGCGUAAGUCUGAUGAAUGAAGAUAUGUUCAUAGACAUUUGGUAAGACUCAAAAGCUCCUAAACUAAGAUCUUCAAAAAUCAAGUUAAGAACGUAUACAGGAGAAGCAAUAGAGAUAGUGGGUGUGGCUGAUGUUCACGUGCAGUAUCAAGAGCAUGAGAAGAAAAUGCCACUUGUUAUAGUGAAAGGAACAGGACCAUGCUUACUGGGUAGAGCCUGGCUGGAAGAAAUUCAGUUACCAUGGAGUGAGAUCAAAUUGGUACAGUCUGAAGUGAUAACAUUACAAGAAGUACUGUCUAAGCAUGAUGAAGUAUUUAAAGAGGAGCUAGGAACUUUAAAGGGUACUACUGCUACUCUUCAUGUGCCGGCUGAUGCUAGCCCAAGAUUUUUUAGACCUAGAUCUGUACCAUACGCCUUAAAAACUAAGUUGGAAGAAGAAAUUAAGCGACUGCUGCAAAAUAAAAUUAUCUCACCUGUUAAAUAUGCAGAAUGGGCCGCUCCUGUGGUUCCUAUCCUAAAACCAGAUGGCAGUAUAAGAUUAUGUGGUGACUAUAAACUUACAGUCAACAGAGUGUCAACCUUAGAACAAUAUCCUAUACCAAGAGUGGAAGAUCUGUUUGCUCGAUUGGAUGGAGGCAAGCAGUUCACAAAGUUGGACAUGAGUCACGCAUACCAACAAAUUGUUAUGGAUGACAACUCUAAGAAGAUAUGACUGUAAACACACACAAAGGAUUAUUUACCUAUAAUCGUUUACCAUUUGUUCGUUUCUUCAGCCCCUGCUAUUUUCCAGAGAACCAUGGAGGGACUGUUACAAGACAUUCCAGGAGUGGUUGUGUAUCUGGAUGAUAUACUGGUGACUGGUGUUACCCAAGAAAGUCACUUGAAGACACUAGACGAAGUGUUAGUGAGAUUGCAAGAAGCGGGCUUGCACUUAAAACGAGGAAAAUGCACAUUUCUGGCAGACGAAGUGGAAUAUUUAGGCCACAAGGUAGAUGCACAGGGUCUCCAUCCUACAGAGAUUAAAGUGAAAGCCAUUGAAGAGGCACCUGAACCAAGAAAUAUCACAGAGCUUAAAGCAUAUUUAGGCCUGCUGAAUUAUUAUAAUAAAUUCCUUUCAAAUCUGGCAACGCUGCUAGCCCCCCUGCUUCUGCUAUUAAAGAAAGAUGUUCAGUGGAUGUGGAGAAAGUCACAACAAAAAGCGUUUAAGGAAUCUAAAGCCCUAUUGAGAAAAGCCAAUGUGCUAGUGCAUUAUUCAUCUGAUGCCGAAUUGAUUCUGGCCUGUGAUGCCUCACCCUACGGAGUGGGUGCAGUGCUCUCGCAACGUAGGCAAGGAGAGAGUGUGGAGAAACCUCUGGGAUUUAUGUCAAGAACGCUAACGCCUGCAGAGAAGCGUUAUUCAGAGUUGGACAAAGAAGGCUUAGCUGUGAUUUUUGGCAUUCAGAGAUUUCACAGGUAUUUAUAUGGUAGAUCAUUUACAAUUCUUACUGACCACAAGCCCUUGAUUAAUCUUUUCAAUGAAUCCAAGCUAAUUCCUCAAAUGGGAUCACCUAGAGUACAGAGGUGGGCUGUGAUGUUACAAGCAUAUCAGUACAAAAUUGAGUACAAACCAGGUAAAUGUCAUCAAAAUGCAGAUGCUCUGAGUAGCCUCCCAAUGCCUGGUAACGGAGAACCUGAUGACAAUGAUGAUCAAGUACUAAUGAUGGAAUUAAUGGAUGAUUUGCCUGUUAGCGCUGAACAAAUUAAGAAAUGGACAAAACAUGACAUCAUACUCUCACAAGUACAUGAGUACAUCCUGAAGGGCUGGCCUAGCAUAGUAGAGCCACAGUUUUUGCCAUAUUUUCAUAGGAAAGAUGCACUGAGUGUUAAAGAUGGAUGUGUCACUUGGGGAGCUCGAAUUAUUAUACCAACACUGGGACGAGCUGCUUUAUUGACUCAGUUACAUCAGACCCAUUCUGGAAUGACACGAAUGAAAGGAUUGGCCCGAUCAUACAUGUGGUGGCCUGGAAUGGAUCAAGAUGAGGAGAGAGUUGUGCAGAAUUGUGAGGUAUGUCAAAGUUGUAAGAAGGCACCUGCUCAAGCUCCUUUGCACCCAUGUGAGUGGCCAGGCUCACCCUGGGAACGACUUCAUGUAGAUUAUGCGGGCCCCUUUUUGGGAAAAAUGUUUUUAAUUUUGGUAGAUUCCCAUUCUAAAUGGUUAGAAAUUUACCCGGUAACACAUGCCACUUCACAAAUCACCAUUAUGAAAAUGAGACAGUGUUUUAGCACACAUGGAUUACCUAAAAUGAUUGUGAUGGACAAUGGAACAUGUUUCACAAGUGAAGAGUUUAAGAUUUUCAUGAAGAGAAAUGGCAUUCAGCAUGUUAUGUCUGCUCCUUACCAUCCUUCAUCAAAUGGCCUUGCAGAACGGGCUGUACAAACCUUCAAGGAGGGGAUGAGGAAGUUAACAGGUGACACUGUGGAGACAAGAGUAGCAAGAUUCUUGUUUAAUUAUAGAAUCACACCUCAUGCAACAACUGGAUUGGCACCUGCUGAAUUGUUAAUGUCCCGUAAGUUAAGAUCAACCUUUGAUUUGCUCAUUCCUGACCUGAGGACUAAAGUCCUACAAAAACAACAAAAACAAAGAGAAAGCCAUGAUAAACAUUGUAAAUUCAGAAGUUUUGAACCUGGAGAUUCCGUGUAUGUGAGGAACUACAGUUUUGGUCCAAAGUGGAUUCCGGCCGUAGUGGAAAGUUGUACUGGACCUGUGUCAUACAAAACUGCUAUUGGACAAGGACAAAUUGUAAAGAGACAUGUGGACCAAAUGCAAACUCGUUGUGCUGAUGAGAUGCUGGAGAUAUUUUUUUACCCUCCGAGAAUGAACAGGGUGUCGAUGCUUCUGUCUUGCCAAAUAUGGAUGUUGCUAAAGCACCUGUAGGUAAAGAAAUGUCUGCAUUUGAGAAAGAACAACCAUCACUGAGAACCAACAAUCCUCAGAAGUGCCUGUUACUGAAAAAUACACUAAUGUUCACACAAAGCUGCGAAGAUCAGGAAGAGAGAGAUGUCCACCAGCUUAUUUGAAGGACUAUGUUACAUGAGUUAAGUAAAUGCAUAAAAAUGAUCAGUACAAUACAUUGGUCCAAGAGUUAAUGUGAACUGUGGGAUAAUGUGUUGUUAAUACAGGAUUGUGUAACUUAUGUAAUUUCUAUUUGUAAAUUCUACUUGGUAUUUAUUGUUAAUUAGUCCUAUUAAGUGAAAAUCUUCAAUACAGUAAAAGACCCCCAAGUUUCCAGCUUAAGAAGGAGGGGAUGUAGUAUCCUGGAGUAUCCACUAGGGGUCAGUGUUGGUUUAUAUAUAUAGGUGAUGUACUUCAUGGUGUGUUACGAAGUAGAGUGCAAUGUGAAGCACAUUGUGAAUUGUUUGUCUUGUGUGUAACUCCAACGCCUUAGUAAAGUGUAAGCUUUGAUAUGCAGCAUCUCUUUGUUGGUGAUUCUUUACUGGAAGAUAC